AUGAAGAACAACGCCAUCUGGCGCGGCUUCACCUACCUGGUGGGCUUCCUGGUGGUGUUCCGCACGUCGCAGGCGUACAGCCGGUUCUGGGAGGGGUGCACAGCCACCCACAGCAUGGGCGCCGAGUGGUUCGACGCCUGCAGCUCGCUGGUGGCCUUCAGCUUGCACGCCCCGCCCGCUCUGCACCUGGAGGUGGCGGUCUUUCAGAACCUGCUGGUCCGGCUCUUCAGUAUGCUGCACUCGGCGGCGCUGGGGGACGUCGAGGACAGCAGCGGCGGCCUGGACAUAUCCGCAUACCGGGCCUUCCAGAUGGAGCUCAUCGACGCGGCGGGAAUCGACGGGCAGAGCCUCGACUGCAUCAGGACGUCUCACUCCAAGGUGGAGCUGAUCUUUCAUUGGAUCCAGCAGCUCAUCGUCGAGAGCGUCGGCACCGGCGUGAUGUGCAUACCACCGCCAAUCUUGGCGCGCGCGCUGGAGGAGAUGGCCAGUGGCCUGGUGCACUUCCACCACGCGCUGAAGAUUUCGGUGGUCCCCUUCCCCUUCCCUUAUGCGCAGACCUGCGACAUCAUGUUGUUGAUGCACUGGAUGAUGGUGCCUCUCAUCGUCUGCCAGUGGGUAAGCAAGUGGUAUCUUGCGUUCAUAUUCGCUUUCAUCCAGGUUUUCACCCUGCAGGCCCUCAACCUGAUAUCAAUGGAGCUCGAGCACCCGUUCGGCACCGACCCGAACGAUAUUGACGCGGAGCAGAUGCAGAAAUCGAUGAACGCACACCUGCGCCUGCUGCUCAGGGAGUCCACGAAGAGGACCCCCACCCUGCGUCACGACGACCAGAAGGCGCUCCUCUUGCGCGUGGCCGAGCCCGACGAGGGCACUCUCUGCUCUUUCUUCGAUGUCUGGAUGGCCCUCGACGACGACAACACCGUCUUCCGCCGCGGCGACCCCUCUGAGGAGUCCGGCAGGCGGCUCUCCUCCCGGCAGUCCAAGAACUCUUGGCGGAGCAACCUGUCCUCGCGCUCCAAGGACAGCGCCCCCGUAGAGCCAAAGCCGCUGAUGCGGAUGCCCCCCGAAGUGGAGCGCGAGUUGGCGACGUCGAAGAUUGCCCUGGGCCUGCAGGCCCACUUGGGCGACGACUUCUGCGAUAAGACGCAGGCCCCGUCGGCCACGCAGGGCAGCAUUGACGACGCGAAGGGCGUCGUCCCUGGACCAGACUGGCUGGACGCGCGGAUCGCACAUACGUUCGUGGUGGAGAGGUUCUGGAACGACUCCCCGCGCGUCGUGGAGACGUCCCUGAAGGACGGCAGCCGUUUCCAGACGUUGGAGCCGCCGAGGAUGCAGGACUCUCCUCGGGUCACUCCUCGUGGCACCCCUCGUGGCGGCGACGCCGACGACUGGGAGGCCGACGCGGGCGAGGGCUCGCACGACAGGCCGCAGGCCCCCUCGGCCACCUGCUCGAGCAGCGCGGCCGUGCCUGGCGGCCUGUUCCGAGGCCUGUCUGAGGCAUGCCACGGCGCCGGCCCACCGAGCAGCGAUAGACCGCAGGCCCUGUCGGCCACCCAGGGCAGCCCUGACGACGCAAAGCACGUCUUCCCUGUAUCGGGGUGGCCGGACGCGUGGGCCUCGGAGACAUUCGUGGUGGAGAGCUGCUGGAACGACUCUCCGCGCGUCGUGGAGACGAUCCUGAAGGACGGCCGCCGGUUCCGGACCGUAGAGCCCCCGAAUAUGCAGGAGUUUCCUGGGGUCGCCCCUUGCUCCCGUGACGCCGACGCGGGCGAUGGCUGUUGCGACCUGUCGACCGCCUGCUCGAGCAGCGCGCAGGUGCUGGGCGGGCGGCUCUCGCUCGAGGCGUUCCACGGCGCCGCCCCGCCCAGCGAUGGGCCGCGGGCCCCGUCGGACACUGGCUCGAGCAGCGCGGCUGUGGCGGGUAGGCUGUUCUUGCCCGAGGCGUGCCACGGCGCCGCCCCCCCGAGCGGCGACAGGCCGCAGGCCUCGUUUUUCACCGGCUCGUGCCGCACAGCGCAGCGAUAG